UUUCUUGAUGUACAGUUUGUUUGGACGUCAUUGAACUAAUUUCAUUCAUUUACUGCCAAAUAGAAUUGUUUGGUAAAUUCAACAACAUACGUGUUAUUUUGUUAUAUGUACUUGUUUAUUUACAAAACUUAAUAUGAGUUCAGCUGCCUCUACCCCUCUGUUUGCUUGCUCGCGUUGUUUCUCAAGACACCCUUUCGAAGAACUAUCUCCUGGUGAACAACUUUGUAAGGAAUGUCGUGGUUCCUUCCCCAUUGUCAAGUGCACGUACUGUCGUUCGGAGUUUCAACAAACAAGUAAAUCUAAUACUUCAUCAAUCUGUAAAAAAUGUGAAGCUAAUGUGAAAGCUUAUGGAAAACCAACUGCCUGUGAAUAUUGCAAUAUCAUUGCUGCUUUUAUUGGUAAUAAAUGUCAGCGAUGUGUUAAUUCAGAAAGAAAAUAUGGUCCGGCAGUUACUUGUGAACAAUGCAAACAGCGCUGUGCAUUUGACCGUCAUGAUGAUAGCAAAAAGGUAGAUGGAAAGCUCCUGUGCUGGCUUUGCACUCAAUCUUUAAAAAGAGCUCUCGCAAGAACCAAACAACAUUUAUCUGCAGUCGACAAACACAAACACCGCUCUCAUAAAUCGAAAAGCAGUCACAAAGAUAAAAGAAAGUCUGACAUGAUGAAAUCAAUUAAUUCAAGUGAUGGAUCACUAAAUGAUUCUCAGCCAUUAGAGAAGAAAUCAAAGUUAAAUCCCUUACAAGGUGAACUGGAUCCAAAUAGCUCAGACCACGUGGUUGCAAUGACACAACUUAAAGAAACAAUUGCCAGUCUACAGAAGAAAGUGGCACAAAAAGACAGCGAACUACUUGCCAAAGAUAAACUGAUAACAGAGUUAAAGGCACAACACCAUAACAACACUACAGAUCUCCGUACCGAAAUGAAGAACAAGGAACGAUUGAACGAAACCAAGUUCAAUCUUAUGAACACUAAGAUACAAAAUCUAUUGAAGGAAGUGGCGACACUCAGCAAAUCAGCCAAAAAGAACAAUAAGAAUACUAAAUCAGUAUUGGCGAAUACAGAGAACAGUGGAAGUGGUACAGAUAGCCCAAGCACCAAUUAGAUCAAUUCACAUUAGUUCAAAUUAUUUUUUUAAUGAUAGGGCCUAUUCACAUUGACACCUGUUGGAAGUGAAGCACCUCGCGAUAUAUAAGUACUGUUUAUUUUAAAUGAUACAGAACUCUAUACAUAUUAACGUAACAUAUAAAUUUGUGUAAUGCAAAAUUAAAAUAUAAAGCGCAUUGUUGCGUCAGAUAAUUAUAACACCCGGCAUUUAAAUACCUAGUUCUAACGUAAUAAUUAUGUCUGAAUGGUGUUUCAAUGAAUUGCACUGGGUAUGUAGAUAAUGGUAAUUAUAUAAAAAUUAAACUUCCAUUAACAAAUGGGUCGACUUAUAAAUGUUAUAUAGAUAAUUCUGUUAUACAACUAUAAAAACAUGUAUAUGAACGUUAUUUCAUAGUUACAUGUACGAAAACAUGUGAUUACUCCUGAAUACCAUAGUAUAAUAAGUUUACUUCUUUAUAGCAUUGAAAACGCAAUUGGACAGGUUUUAGCUAGAUUUUAUCUUGUAAAUUUGUAAAUUACCUCAUAAUGACCACGGGAACAAUAAAAUAAAAUUAUUGCACAAUUCUGUGUGCUUCGACUUGGGAUUAAGCCUUAUCUGCGACGGUAUCCCUUUCUUUUGCUCAGAACCGUCUUUUGGUAGAGCGAGAAAGAUAAUGUGUUGCCUACCAACUCGAAGUUCCCGCACACCCGCUCUCUUUCUCGCUCUAGCAUAUGGCGAUUUUGAGCGACCGAAAAAGUCGAUACGGUGUUUCCCUCAUGUAACUCAACCCUUAGGUGUGUAAAGGGUAUGAGAAGACAUUCUAGUAAAGUGUAAACGAGACGGCAAAACUAAAUGUUGAAUUUCUCUGACCGAUUAGCGAAAUUACAAAUUUUCAGUUUUGUAAUAGUAUUUAUGGAAGUCAGACGUAAAUCGAUAUUUCGCAUAGCUUCUUAUCAAUGUGAAUUGAGCCAUACAGACAAGCUGGAAAAUAUUUUUCCUCUUAUUUUUUUACUCUACAAAUGGUUUUGUUUGUAGAUUUUUAUAAAUGUAAGCGUAAGUAGGUUUCAAUUUGAUGACAUUUUAAUUUGUAAUUUAUAAAAUGCAACAUUAUGAUUAUUAAAUAUUUCGCCUAAUU